CAGGAUGAAAUAAGGAAACAGAUUGUUGCAAGCCUUAGUCUGCACUUCCUUUUCUGAAGGGGAAAAAAGCACAUACUAUAUGAUAAUCAGACGCAGCUCAGACUCACAACCGUUCUCAUCAUCAUCAUGGGCAACUGGGUAGAGAAUGAGGGACUCUCCAUAUUUGUCAUUCUAGUAUGGCUGGGUUUAAAUGUUUUCCUCUUUUGGUGGUACUACUUAGUAUAUGCUCAAGGGCCGACUUUCUACUAUACAAGAGAACUUCUUGGGCCUUAUUUGGCAUUGGCCCGGGCACCUGCAGCAUGUCUGAAUUUCAACUGCCUAUUAAUUCUGCUUCCUGUCUGUAGAAAUCUGCUUUCCUUUCUCAGAGGCUCAAGCGCAUGUUGCUCAGUGCGUGUCAGAAGACAGUUGGACAGGAAUCUCACAUUUCACAAACUGGUAGCCUGGAUGAUUGCACUACAUACUGCAAUCCAUACAAUUGCACAUUUAUUUAACGUUGAAAGAUUGGUGGAUGCACGCACUGAAGAAAAUGGAACCAUUAAGGCUGUACUGUCUGAUCUAGGUGAUCACCCAGGCGAAAGUUAUCUGAAUUUUGCCAGAAAAAAACUUUCGAACCCUAUUGGUGGCCUCUAUGUGGCAUUUACAACUUUGGCUGGCCUCAGUGGCGUUAUCAUUACACUGUGUCUAAUACUAAUCAUCACAUCAUCCACCAAAACCAUUCGCAGAUCAUACUUUGAAGUAUUCUGGUUUACUCACCAUCUCUUUGUUAUUUUUUUUGCUGGUCUUGUCAUCCAUGGAUUUGGAAGAAUCGUUCGUGGACAGACCAAAAAGAGCUUAGAAGACCAUAAACCAGAAAAUUGUGCCUCAAAUUACACAGUCUGGGAGGAAAUGUCUUCAUGUCCUAAACCACAGUUUGCUGGAAAUCCUCCCAUGACAUGGAAAUGGGUCGUUGGCCCUAUGAUUCUGUAUGUUUGUGAGAGACUGGUGAGGUUUUGGCGCUCACAGCAAAAAGUGGUUGUUACAAAGGUUGUCACACAUCCUUUCCAAACCUUUGAGCUCCAGAUGAAAAAGAAAGGCUUUAAGAUGGAAGUUGGACAGUACAUUUUUGUCAAAUGUCCUGAAGUGUCUGUACUGGAAUGGCAUCCUUUCACAUUGACUUCGGCCCCUGAAGAAGAUUAUUUCAGCAUUCACAUACGUGUUGUAGGGGACUGGACAGAAGGUUUGUUUAAAGCAUGUGGCUGUGACAAAGAACAACUCCAAGAAGCUUGGAAACUUCCUAAGAUAGCUGUAGAUGGUCCCUUUGGUACUGCUAGUGAAGAUGUGUUCAGUUAUGAAACUGUGAUGCUUGUUGGAGCUGGCAUUGGGGUUACCCCUUUUGCAUCAAUCCUCAAAUCUGUGUGGUACAAGUACUGCAAUAAUGCCAUGGACCUAACACUCAAAAAGAUCUAUUUUUAUUGGCUCUGCCGAGAUACCCAUGCCUUUGAAUGGUUUGCUGAUCUCUUGCAAUCAGUAGAGACUCAAACGCAAGAAAAGAAUCAGACAGAUUUUCUCAGCUACAACAUCUAUCUUACUGGCUGGGAUGAAUCUCAGGCGACGCAUUUUACAAUGCAUCAUGAUGAAGAGAAAGAUGUAAUUACAGGCUUGAAGCAGAAAACUCAGUAUGGAAGACCAAAUUGGGAAAAUGAGUUCAAAACAAUUGCAGGCCAACAUCCAAAUUCCAGGGUUGGUGUUUUCCUGUGUGGACCUGAAGCCUUGGCUGAAACUCUAAAUAAAAUGUGCAUUAAUAAUUCAGAAGCUGAUCCAAGAGGCAUACACUUUAUAUUCAACAAAGAAAAUUUCUGAAGACAUACUUACAAAAUUUAAUUCAGCCAUGGUGAAUUAAUUGCAAUUAAUGAAAAAAUAAUAUUUCUUUGGAAUUUUGUUAAAAGUUUCAGGUGUGUUUGAUAUUAUGUACUUUAGAGGAAGAAUAUGCAAUUUUAAACUGAUCCUUUUUUAAUCCCAUGGCAAGACUUCUUAAAAGGUUUAGGAUAUAUUAGCAUUGUCAAAUACAGAUUGAGUUCAUAUGUGUAAUCCAAAUAUACAGUGGAUUACCAAUUAAGGUUUAUGGCAAGCUAGGCAAUGUGCAGACUAUGGACUCUUUUGACUCCCCCAGCCUGCCAAAAUCUGAUCAAGAGUUAGUUCCUUAUUCAACCACAGAACUCAUUGAGUGAUUUUGAACCAAUCACUGUCUCUCAGUAUCACCUAUCUCAAUAGGUUGCUACUGGUAAACCAAGGACAGAGAGUGUAUACAAGCAGCACUAAAACUAUAGCCCAAAUACUCUAAGUCAGGGGUCCCCAAUCCCUGGUCCAUGGACCAGUACCAGGCCGUGGCUUGCCAGCAACUGGUCUGCACAAACAAACAAAGCCCCAUCCAGGGGAUGCAGGCAGCACACAAAACCACACACCCUCCAGUCCUCGCAAAAACCUCCCUCCGUGGAAUUGCUCCCUGGUGCCCAAAAGAUUGGGGACCUCUGCUCUAAGGUGCUCAGUUACAAUGUCUCACUCAUUAUAAAUCUCUUGAGGCUAUAUAAACAAAAAUUUGCAAUCACUGUUUCAAGCACUUAAAGAUGCAUCUGGUGUGACUUCUAGAAUAGAAAUAGCACACCUGAGGACAGGAUUACUAAUGCUCACCUUUCACUUAAAUGUCAUUUCUUCCCAGCAGGACUAAUUCUAUUAGUUCUGGAAGACCAAUUUCAAUUUUCCUGCUAAAAAUAAUGGUGCAGAAACCGACUCACUAUGGCUUACAUGCAAACUGUUCUUUGAAUAUUCUCAAAUUAGGAGAAUUAUUAGAGAAAGAGUUUAAAAUGCUGAAUAUCCAAAUGAGAUUAGCCAUAUUCCAGUCCACAUUAGAGUUUGUAUAAUAUAUCCCAGAUGGAAAUCAAGAAGAUAUCUAGUUGUACUAGUUUCUGCUGCCCGUUAAAGAGCAUUUUAGAGCUCAAGUUUAUUAUCUUACUCUGCACACUUCUUAGCCCUCAUGUUUAAAAGAACUUGUCCUUGUUGGAAAUAUUUUAUCAAGACCAUCUAAUAUUUGCUACUACACUGCUCUGAUUACCUGGGCAAUUGGUAAAUGAUGAUUGUUCCUGAUAUAAUUAACUGGACAAAAUGAAAAUGUUCUUAUUGCCUUCUUCUUGUUAAAUUAUGUAAUAUUGCUAAUGUUGCCAAAUUUUGCAUAGCAGCAAUAAGAUUGGCAGACAAAUAACUAACACUCCUGGAUAUAGAAAAACCAAUUGAAGGAUCUGAAGGGUUUUUUUAACCAUUAUCAUUGAUUGGAUAGUGCUUAACUGCAUACUUAC